AACUCGAUCACCCACCACCAAACUCUGCAAAACCAGUCCCGAACCAGCAAAACAACCGACAGAAAAGAGGAAGAAGACGCUUUUUGAUGAAGUUUCAUUGGAUCUUGUGAUCAUGGCAGCAACAUUAGCUGAGGAGGGCCAGAGCCCCCUGGUUGCCGUCAGCUUCCAGAGAGACGUCCACAGGAAGAAGAAGUUCCUGGAGGCUGAACCCAGAGCUCUCGGGAUAACUCAGGUGGGCCUGAGUGUGUACAACAUCAUCAAUGCUGGUGUUUUUCAGGCCAAAGGCCUGAGUCAGCAAGGGACGGACAUAGCCAUCUUAAUUUCAUCUCUGUUGGUCGUAAUAGCUGGGAAUGUGGCCGUGGCGGCGCAGAGCCUCCACCUGCCUAUGCUCAGGGCCUGCUUGGGAAUGCAGAUCGUGGCCUGCGCUGCCUCCAUCUUCAACGUAGUGUGCACUUUACUUAAAAUGGAAGACUUCUACCUUUUCUGCUGGAAUGACUACGAUGAAAACAUCACUGCCAGUCAUGCUGAAAUAUGCCAUCAGACUGAAAACCUGCACAGCCACUUCUGUGCUGGGGCGAUAGUGGUCCAGUUUGCUCUGCUGGCCAUCUCUGCAACACUUGCUGCCUACUGCUGCAAGGUGGUCAACUGCUGUGGACCAGCUCCCAGAAUGCCAGUGAUCUCCAUCCAACACCCCCAGUCCACCAGUGGAGACGUGAACCAGACGGAACAAGAAUGAAGAAAUGUGAAGUGGAGACUGCCAGUCCUGCUGGUUCUUCUUUUGUAUUUACAGGACUGUCUCAGAAAAUUAGAAUAUUGUGAUAAAGUUCUUUAUUUUCUGUAAUGCAAUAAAAAAAA